AUGGACGUGCGCGUGGAGGAGGCCCGGAAGUCCCUUCGCAGACCAUCGAUCUCAUCUUUAGCCUCAGAGAUCGAUCCGGAGUUGCUGAGGGCAGUUCCCUUGGACGUUUGUCUCCAAAGCUGCGGGGGUCAUUGGUCAACAAACAAGGCUUCCGAUGACUUCAACUUGAGCCAGCAGGUCGAGAUGAUUGACUCCUUCCUGAGUCAUGACUGGAAGACAAAGCGUUGGCUGAAGACGCUCACUUUGCUACUCUACUUCAACAGUGUGCCGGCAGCAUGGGCAAACGUAAUCGCGUGCAUCUUCAGCUGCGUCCUGAUCAUCUUCGGGUCUCUCCCAGGCGGAUGGCUCACGGGCACCCUUUUCACACAUGCUACCUUUUGGUUUUUCUUUGCCUUCUGGCAGCGGAUCCGCGGCCUCUUUAAGAAGAACAUGGUUUUCUUGGACCGGCUCUGCAUCGCCCAGCAUGACCAGCAGCUGAAGAAGUCGGGAAUCCUCGGCUUAGGCGGCUUCCUCUCAAAGUCCAGGCGGCUUGUGGUCCUCUGGAGCCCCCGAUACUUCACGAGACUUUGGACAGCUUUUGAAAUUGCUUGCUUCCUCCGGCAUGGCGAAGAGAGGGCGAAGAACAUCGAGUUCGCACCAGCGGGCAUGGGGCCUUUGAUUCUUUGCUUCUCCGUUUUCGAGGCGCUCUUGGUCGCCUGCUUUCAAGGCCUCAUUGUGCAGGACGUGCAGGUCAGAUUGGGAGAGAUCGAUCCUUUCCUCGAGCAGCAAGAAGAUCGGUACUGGGACUUCAUCGUCGCAGUCUUCAUCGUGGCGGCACCAGCUCUGGUGCUGGUCAUUCCGGUAAGCCUCUACUUCGGCACUUUGCAGAUGGAAGCGCUCCUGAAGCUAAAGGAGCAGCUGGGCGGCUUCAAGAUCCGAGAUUCUCAGUGCAGCUGUUGUGACAUGGAUCAUUGUCAUCCUGAAAGUGGCGAAGAACUGCUCUGCGAUCGGAAGCUGGUAUUCCAAACUCUCAAGAGAUGGUUUCCCGAUGAGACAACGCCCGAGGGUCAUUUGGACAAGUUUGACGAGAUGGUCCGCACCCAGCUGCGUGGCUUCGUGCAGGAAAUUUUGGGAUCCGGUGCCCCGCACUUUCGCUACGUCGUGGCAAACUGCGCCCCGCCAUUGCUCGGAAUCUUUUGCCAGUAUGUGUACAUGGCGGUGAACGACCCCUUCGGAUGGACGGCUGAAGGCUGGAUGAUUGGCUGGUUCCAGAUUCCUCCCUUGGUCUUCCUGGCUUUCUGGGAGAUGCUGCUCUGCUGGAGAAUCGGGGCACGACUCCGUCACCGAGUGCCGCUGUGGAUUGUAUUCCCAGUUCUCGUGAUCAUCUUCCUCCCUAUCAACAAUUUGCUGUGGUUCCAAUAUGCGGUGAUGAAGUAUACUUUCGGGCACGAUUUCCAGUGGCCUGUCGUGGGCUCGCUGGCCUUCAUGUGGUUCGUGGUCGCUCUCCCAUACAUUUGGGAAUAUUCGCCUGUCAUUUGCAAGGCCUCGCAACGAGGUGCUCGCUUCCGACCUGCUCUGUGGAGGUCUGAGAGUAACGGAAACUGA